AUGGUUUGUCAGGUUGCCGAUACCGAAGCCACACUUUCUUAUCUGAUGAACGGACGUCUGAUUUGUCGACUCCGCUUUUGUCUGCCAGCCCACACAGACUAUUGCCAUCCUCUCUUGCCGUCUGGUAAGACAUCACCUUUCUUCCCCUCAUCUGCCGUAUUCUAUUCGAAUUUGGCUCAGUUCAACAGUUUGUCGCCUUGUGUCGAAGCCUCUAACGAGGCUCACUGCGACAUCUUUCCAUCAAAUGAAAAUAAAGAUGGCGUAGACGCCAUUCCUUCCAAGAAUACACCAGCUCGAGCCAAUGCAGUGCAGCCUAUGUUUUCUCCAUUCAUUUCAAGCUCUUGGGGCUUUGCCAGUAUUCGAAUGCACUGUCUCGGUGGCCUUAAAAUCGGUGAGCUAUUGUUACACACUAUGAAUGCUGUCUAG